AUGGAUGCUGACUCCCCCAGCUUGAAGCAACCUGUCUCCGUUGCACACCUGUCGCCUCUGUCUGGCGCUGUAGACCUCCGGGACAGCUUGGAGAACGAAGAAGGUGGUCCCAGAAGCCCACAGGACAGGCUUGGCCCUGCCCCGCCCACACGGCGCCAGCCCCCACCGCCUGUCCCGCCGAAGACCCGGAGCCCGGCCUCCACCUUCUUUUCCGAGGCGGAUCCAGAGCUGUCCCCGCGUCCAGGCAUGCCGCCCUCCUCCGACCUGCCCGGCGGCCAAAAGCCGACCUCCAGCUUUGGUUCUGUGGACUGGCUCUCCCAGAGCAGCCACGUGGGGCCGGCGCACACCUCCAGGCCCACUGCAGUCUCCUGGGGCAGCCUCUCUGCCCCAGCCAGGGUGUCCAGCGGUGGGGAACCCCCGCAGGCCGUGGGCAUGGAGGAGGCGAAGUCCUCAGCAGUGUCUACACCAGGGACGUCCACGACUGGGUUGAGCAAGGAGGCAGACAGCCCUCGACCUCCCCGCGUCCGCACAGCCUUCACGGAGGAGCAGGUCAGCACCUUGGAGAGCUCCUUCCAGCUCCACCGUUACCUGGACCCCCAGGAGCGCCGGAGGCUGGCCCAGACCAUGGGGCUCUCGGAGGUGCAGAUCAAAACCUGGUUUCAGAAUCGCCGAAUGAAACAUAAACGCCAACUGCAGGACUCACAGCUGAACGUCUCCCUCUCUGGAGCAGUCUACUCGCCCCUGGCUUUCUGCCCACCUGCCCUGGGCAGCCCCCUGCAGUUGCUGCACCCGUGGGCAUCCCUGUCUGGGCCCUCAGCUCUAGCACAGCCCCCUGGCUCCUUCUGGGACCCCUGCCAAGGGGAACAAGCCUCCCUGGCCUCGGCGUGGGCCUCGAGCAGCAGACAGCCUCUGAUGUGCUGCCUGCAGGAUCCUGGGAGCCAGGCGCACACGCUGGGCCCGGCCUUGUCCAGGGGAACCUGGCGCCUGUAUGUUCUGCCGGAGACUCGAGAUGCCUUUUGA